AUGGCAGCAGGCCCGCUACACCUGCAGCAACCCGGACCGAUACCCCUAUAUGUCCUUCUCGUUCUCGUUGUCGGCAUCUGCUGCUACUUCUUCUUCAUAGGCACCGCCGCAGUACGGCUUUGGUUCUACAAAGGCGCCCUCGGCCCCGCCCCAGAGAAGUUCAUCGUGAUCAGGAAUGAACCCCAAGAAGAAGACCACCAUGCGGCCCCGAUCCACAGCAAACACAACGAGCCCGGAACAAGCGCUGAAACCCUAAGGAAGCGGCGCAUGACCGUCUUCACCCACGACUCCUUAUCAGCGCCGACAGAGACUAUAGCACACAGCACCGCGUUCUCCCCCCGAAACCUCUCCACCGCCACAACAACAGUCAACCUCCAAGACAUCUCAGACAUCUCAGACCUAGACUCGUUCACCAACCCGCAAACGCGAGCCUACCUAGCCGAAGAACGCCGCAUCUCCCGCAUGCCCGCCUUCGACGCCGACGACUGCGGAACAGGCGACUACUUCCCAGACAUACCCCUUACAAACCGGCCUAUCGAAUCCAGCACCACCCAUUCCGACACCCUCACUGCCUCCCAUCUAGGUCUCACACCCACACCCCGCAGCAACUGGCUCACCAUCUCCCCCCAAUACAUCGAAUACCACGCCGCGCGCACCCACCUCCUCUUACGCAACCGCUCCUCCUGCAUCCACGUCACCCCCGAGGGCGAACGCGCAUGUCGCGAACUCCUGCAGGAAGUCACGUCUUUCCUCGUGGACAUGUAUCCGCACCAAUUCCGUUUUCUGACGAAGACGCGCAGGAAGCAUGUGCUGAAUGAGCUUACAAGAGAGGAUUUCGAGAUAGAGCAUGGAUUGGAAUGUCAUCCGUUGGAGGUAUGUGCGCGGUUAUGUGCGGAGGAUUUCAUGGUCUGGGGCAGGAGUGAGAACCUCCCCUCCAUCCUCAAACUCACCCUCCCAACCCUCUCCCCUUACUCCUCCACUGGCCCCCUAUCCCACACGCAGACCUUCAUCCAAACCCGGCCCCUCCGCGCCACUCUAGCUUCAACACUCCACAUCCCACGCCCCAUGGACUUUUUCGCCGGCCACAUAGCUGAUCUGCAGCCAACUGAACUGCUCGUGCUGUAA